AUGGGUUCGAUUGAUGAAUUUGAGCACCUUUCCCCGGGUGAAACCUUCAACGGGACCAAUACCACCGAAACCAAAGAGCUCGAUGCUCUGAUAGUUGGCGCCGGUUUCGGUGGCGUUUGGCAGCUCAAGCAACUCCGUGACGCAGGCUACCGCGUCAAACUAGUCGAGCAUGGUUCCGACUACGGAGGCGUAUGGUAUUGGAACCGGUACCCAGGUGCCCGCGUGGACAGCCCUAUCCCCAACUACGAGUUCUCUGACCCCGCACUGUGGAAGGAUUGGACAUGGAAGCAGCGCUUUCCUGGCAGCGCCGAGAUCCGAGCCUAUUUUGCGCAUGUAGCCAAGGUGUGGGAUUUGAGAAAGGAUACCCAGUUUAACACUUUUGUUUCUUCAGCCGUCUGGAGUAAUGUUGAGGCGAAAUGGACUGUGAGGACGAAAGGGGGAGAGGCGUACCGCGUCAAGUUUUUCUUACUCAACACGGGGUUCGCUGCGAAGAGACACAUUCCAGACUGGAGAGGCAUCGGCUCGUUCAAAGGGACGUUCCUCCAUCCCUCAUACUGGCCCCAUGAAGAGCCUGAUCUGCAUGGCAAGAGGGUGGCCAUUGUUGGUACCGGUUCCACCGGUGUUCAGCUGGCACAGGACCUGAGCAAGGUCGCUGGUCAACUCACAGUCUUCCAGCGUACGCCGAACAUGGCUAUGCCGAUGAGACAAGUGGAUUACAAAGCUCCCAAUCAAGCUAUCCCCAAGCCCAAGUACCCCGACUUCUUCGCCGGACGCCACGAAAGCUUCGCUGGUUUCGACUACAACUUCUACCAUAAAUCCACAUUUGAGGACACCCCAGCCCAACGGAAACAAAAGUACGAGAAACUCUGGAGCGAGGGCGACUUCAAGUUCUGGCUUGCCACUUACCACGACAUGUUGUUCAGUAAGGAUGCAAACCGCGAAGCAUACAACUUCUGGCGGGACAAGUCUCGAGCGAAGAUCCAAAAUCCAAAGGUUGCCGACAUACUCGCUCCCAUGAAGCAACCGCACGCUUUUGGCUGCAAACGUAUAUCCCUAGAGAAGGACUACUUUGAGAUUUUCAACCAACCCAACGUUGCGGUAGUCGACGUGAGUGACAAGGGAACGCCAAUCCAGGGGAUUACAGAGAACGGCAUCAAGACAAAUGACGCCGAGUACCAAUUCGACUACAUCAUCAGCGCGACUGGCUACGACGCGGUUACCGGAGGUCUUAGCCAGAUCGACAUCAGAGGCCAGUCGGGCGAGAGCCUGAGUCAGCACUGGAAGGACGGGGCUAGAACGCACCUUGGCCUCGCAGUAUCAGGGUUCCCCAACAUGUUCUUCACGUACGGGCCACAAGCACCGACGGCAUUCUGCAACGGCCCCACAUGCGCGGAGCUGCAGGGCAAUUGGAUCCUUCAGACGAUGAAUCACAUGCGAGUAAAGUCGAUCAAGAAGAUUGUCGCACAAAUGGAGAGCGAAGAUCAGUGGAAGAAGCUCGUGUGGGACAUCGCCGAUUCUUCGCUAUUGACGUCUGUUGACUCUUGGUACAUGGGCACCAACAUCCCUGGCAAGCCAAGGGAGCCGUUGAUCUAUCUUGGUGGAGUACCGUCAUAUUACAAGACAAUCUACGAGGCGGCCGAGAAGGGGUAUAUCGGAUUUGACAUGUCCUAG